AUGGCGAACAAUCUCCACUACCUGGUCUUAGAGAUCACAAUUGUGUUGCUUCAACUGACUGUGAUUACCUCUCUUCCAUAUACUAUGUACCUUAUAAUUUCAUGGAAUCCAGUAUAUUUGAGUUUAAGCCGGCACUAUCUAAUGAUCUCCAGUAUUCCUGCUGUAAUUCAACUGAAGAUUAACCUCACUUUAAGUAUUUCCAUUGCUGCCGAGAGGACUUUGGCUUUGUACUUCCCAGUCAUGUUCCGCAACCGGUCAUCCCACUCGUAUGCAAUGUGCAGCUUAUUGUUUGGAUUUUUAUUAGCGAUAUUGGAUCUUGUUCUGGAAUUCUCCCUCACGCCACUUAGUGACUCUCCAAACUGUGCCGCAACCGGAUGUUUUAUAAGUGACAGUUUCCUCUACUAUUGCGGAGUCAGUGAUGGCUGUGAAAUUGAGAAGCGACAGAUUCAAACAGGUAUUAGUGUCAUUCGGAAUGGGCAACUCUUGAUUUUUAAAACUCAGGCCAAUCGUCGGAGCGUUGGAAUCCUCCUUAUAUCCUUAAUGUGUGUCACUCUUCCAAGUGUGGUCGCAGGUCUAGCAAAAGUGACCGGCUUCCGUGUUUUCAAUGUCGUCGGUCCAUUCUAUAUUGAUGGGUUGCUCUGUGCCGGUCAGUCGCGUUGCUGCCUUAAGCGGAGAAACUGUAUAGUUGAGAAAUUAAUACAUAUUAUAGGAAGGGAGGAAAAACAUGUAAGCAGUAAGGCUACAGAGGCCAUGGCUUAUGGAAGACAAAAUUUCCACAUCUAG